CACCGACGGGACACCGUUUCCAUCAACUUUUAUACAUCCAUGAAGGUAAAUCUUUCUAAGCCGUACGAAACUUUGGCAGAGCAACGAGUCGUUGUUUCCGUCGUGUCGACCGAGCGACACGUGCUCUGUCGGAGAAUUCAGAAAUAGGUUAGAGACGAUUGUUACGGAUUUUCUUAAGUAGCAGAAAUUCGGUAAAAAACGCCAAAAGAGGCAACGUUACGUACGUGCGAGACGGUCGUCGAGGUUCGGAGCUUGCGAGUAAACCUGCUCGUUGCGAUAACGUCAAACGUAAGGUACGUUCGUACGUGCGGACACCGUCGUUCGUCCCGACCGGUACGAAAAAUGAAAACCUAACGAUCGAAAACCGAUCGAACGACACUCCCUACUGAUAUUUCUACGAACUUUGACGAAAGCUUCGAUCUCGAUGUAACGUGCCUCCUCUCGAGCGGCUCUCUUCGUCGAAAGUGUACUGUGUCGUUUGUAAAUUUAAAACGAUCGAGCGAAUGGUCACUUGCCAUCUUCUGUCUUAUCUGGACCAAUGAAAAUAAAGUAAACGGGCUCCUUUUAUACGCUUUCCCGACGAUACAAUACGUCUGUCAUUUUUCAUUGGUCUUACGAUCGAGGAAAAAUUAUCACGUGUCGCGUAACAACGUGAUACGAACGAAAGUGAAAUUAAUUUAUUUGCAACUUGGAACGAUCGCAUUUUUCAACGUCGUCGAUAUUUCAAAAUUUCUAUCUACUUUUGCGCAUUUUUUUUCGUUCGACGCGAUUGUCAACUUACUUCAUUCCGUACUUACAGUGCGCGCGCGCGCGUGUGUGUGCGUGCGUAUAAAGUAUUGAACAAAAUUUGAUUCGAGAGUGCGAUGCGUCAUUUAUCGCACGAAUUCCUCGACUGAGAAAAGUGCAAUUGACGCGAAAAUGGAUAGAAGUGGAAGCGAGAAACAACAGGUAUGAAUACGCACCGUCUUCGUCCUCUUCGCACUAUUUCGAUCUGAAAUUUUAAACUCGGCGAUCGAUAGGACGGAUAAGGUACGUACGUCGUGCGUUAAACGCACGUAGGGGGAAAAAAGUGUAAACGCGUCCGUUUCGACUUUGUACGAUCGCGUGUCACUCGUCUUUUAUUCGCGACAUCAAUGAGAUUUAGAGAGGAUAUAUUUUCUUUAUUUUUCAAUUCAAAGCAAGUAGAAUGACUACAGUUUUGCCGAGUCAAAGGACGAUAAGGAUCUUCGGUUAUACAUCUCUCGUUUAAAGGUUAUCGUUUUUGUAAUCGUUGACGGGAGAGUUGGCUUACGUCGAAAAAUCCAACGUUUUGUACAAACGAUUAGCGAUAAAGUUCAAUCGAAUCGAAGAUGGUGAAAAAAUGUGCUGUCGUGUGGAACUAUUACAACAAAAAAGUGGACGGCUCUCAAGUCAUCGCUUUUUGCAAGUUUUGCGAUCAUUCGUACGUACAAAAUGCAGCGCGUAUGGAAAGACACUUGGAACGCUGUCUAAAGUGUCCAGGAGAAGUCAGACGACAAUUCAUACAAGUAAGAAACGACAAAAGAAACAAAGCAAACGUUCUUGGCGUUAAAGUCAAUGACAAACAGCGAAAGCGAGAAUCUUCGUUGGAACGUGUUACCGACUUGGAAUUGGAAGGUCUAGACGAUUGGCAUUAUAAGAAUCGAUACUACACGGACGAGAUGUCGGAAACGAUUCAACAGUGCGACGCAAAAAUAGUGAUACAAUCUAAGGAUAAGUCACGGACGAGCCACGACUCUAACGUUCAAAGUAUCAGAGGCGAUGGAAGCGCAAAGAUAAGAACUAGGGACUCGAGUCAGACCGACGCAGAGAUGGCUAAAAUUGAUGGAUCCGAAGAACAUAAAGGUACCAUUCGUCGUAAGAAAUCCCUACCGGCUAGAAGAAUUUCGCGAUGGCCGUUUCUUUCUAUCCGCGAUCCAGGCUAUUCGCCCUUACAGAGCAAAAUAUAUCAGGAACAAUUGUUGGAGAGCCGGACCUCGAGAAAGAUAGCCGAGCUGGAGUUACGCCGUAAAACUUUGGAAUUGGAAAGAUUUCAAUGGGAAUUCGAAAGGGACAAAGCUCAAAGCGAAAUACGCUGGGCUUACGAAAUGCGAAUGAUGCAACUACAAGAGGAGCACGAAAGGAAACUGAUCGACCAAAACAGAAGUCGAGGAUAGACGCUCUAUCGAGAAGAUAUUGCGACUCGUUUUAACUUUCACGCUUGCGAAUCGCAGACAUGCGUUCCGUGGUUAUUCGUAGAAACUCCCUAAGCACGACGGUCGACCUCUUUGGAUAUUCUAUAAUAUCAAAUAUGAAAAAGAUUUAUGUUGCGACUAAAUAAAAUUUUAAGUAACGAAAAAAAAGACAAAAAGAAAGUCACCUCGAGCUUAUUAAAUCCAUACAUGUCAUACCUCGCACAAACGC